UUCAACACCUGCUCCCGACGCUGCGACCAUGGACGAUUGGUACGAAACGUCUGAGGCUCUGUACCUGUCGCUGCUCGGGCUCUGCCAGUCUGAGACCUCAAGUGAUGACGAAAAUGCCAGCAAGGCCCCCACCUUCGAUCCUGAACUGGUCAUCGCCCACUGCUUCAAGCAGUUCAAGCAGGAGGACUUCCACCUGCCUCAGAGCCGCCGGCGGGUCAUCAUCUUGCCUCAAAAAGAGGAUCCGAUGCCCAUCAAUCUCAUGGCCCAACCCCAGACUCCCCCACAGCCGAUCUCCAGCUUCCAAGCCCUGGGAGCUGGGGACAUCCAAGGCCAGCCAGACGACGUGAGGACCUGGCUGAGCCGGAGGCUGAAGCUUCGCCAGGACCUGGAGUCAUUUGGCAGCGUAGAGAGGUGGCUUCAGAACAAGCCCAGCCUCACACCUUCAGAGGCCAAGGUCUUGCACAUGAUCCAGAAGGAGCAGGAGGACCAGUUGUUAGACCACCUGACUACUAUCAGAGCCACCAAGAAGAGCCCCCGGCCCUCCCGCCGACUGGUGCCCCAGCUCCGGUUGCCCAAGCCCUCUGCCUUAUCAGCCUUGUACUCCUACCUGCACAGCCGCAAGAUCAAGAUCCUGGAGAUAUUUAGCAAAGUGGACGGGGGCGAGCACCAGAAGAUCUCUAGGGAGGAGUUCAUUGUGGCUCUGAAGGCGGUUGGAGUCCCUCUGAAAAACCAGGAGGUGGAAGAUGUUGUGAUCUAUCUCAGCUCUCUGGGAAAGGACAACAGUAUCACCACAGAUAUCCUAGUCAAUACCUACAAGCAGUGGUGUCUGGCUCAUCAGAAAAGCACCCUGGCAACUGCAAGGGAGCAUUAUAGACCUGCCAAGAUCAGAGUUUCCCCAUCGUGUCUGUCCAAGAAGCAGGUGAAUUUAGCCCCACAACCGUGCAAGAUGGACCUGCUGACCGUGCCCGUGGUUGACACCCAGAUGGAGGCACGGCCCCUGACUCUGGAGGAGAUGGAGGACAUUGGCAAGCGGUACCGCGAGAGGAGGCGGAAGCACAAGCUCAAGAUCCCCUCCAUCCAGUACACGGAGCGUUGCCGCCUGGUGCGCAGCGGGAAUAAGCACUUUGAUGAGCACUGCCUCCCAUCCACCAUCCAUGGGGAGAUGAAGGAGCUCAUCAACAAGUCCCGCAGGGACAACUUUCUGGUCUACCUGCAGUGCUGCAAGCUCUGUGAGUCCUACGGCCUCCCACUGACAGAGGACAUCCUCGUGAAAGCCCUGCUGUACCCAGGGGACAAGAUCAUUUUCCAGAAGGACCAGGUACGCCCAAUCCGGCAGCCAGGAGGCUACUACUCAGAUAUGAAGAUCUUCAGUCCAAAUCUGGCUCUGCUCAAGUUCCAGGGCUUCAGCGAUGUUGUGGCUAAGAAGACUGACAAGAAGACACCAAAGAAAAUCAAGAAGAUACACUUUAAGGAGUUUGAGGAGUUCACCAGGAAGCUGCAGGCGAAGAGGUCCAGGGCUUCACUGCGAACUCACCCCAAUUUCUUCUGGCCGGGUCACCUCCUGGACAAGCUGCAGCUCUAUCUGCCCACUGUGGCCAUGGACAGGAGCCUGGCACUCUUCAGUUGUGUCCAACCCCAGCCCCAUGCCUACUCAGCCACCUACCACCCCAACCACUGGUGGCCUAUUGGGAACAUGAACUACAUGACCUGUGCCUAUUACGAUGCCUCCAAGGUCUACUACAUCGACUAGAGUGGCCCAGGUGUUGUCCGACCCAGCCAUCCUGGGGCUGUGGCCAGUGCAGCUAGCAGCCCAAUGCCACAGACACAGCGGGAAGUGUAAAGAGCCAGAUAAAAGAAAUCAUUUCAGUGCGAUGGCCUGGAGCCAGCUCUCUCUUCAGCAAAAAUGUCCAGUGUCUCAGAGG